AUGACCUAUGAUAUGAUGGAAGAUGAAUUGACAUGCCCAGUUUGUCUGGAACUAUUUGCUGAUCCUUUAAUGUUACCAUGUUCUCACAGCAUCUGUAAAAAAUGUCUUCAAGAUAUCAUAACUUCCAGGAUCAAAUCUGGUAAAGAAGGUCAGUUGAAAGGCUUUAUUUUAUUGAUUUACACUUUAACACAAAGCGUGUGUAAAAUAAGCUCUAAGCUUAUUGGUACUUUGCCUAGAAAUUUUUUAAUUUUUCUCAUUUCAGGAUUUGAAUGUCCAUCAUGUCGGAAAAUGCACACUAUGUCAAAAAACAAAAUGGCCACACUUCCAAAAAAUCUAGCAUUAGAAAAUAUAGUAUUCUUUAGUGAAGAAUAUACGCCAUCCAAUGAGAAUUGUGGACUGUGUGAAGCAGACUCAUCAUCAAAAGCUGAAUGGUUUUGUCAAAAGUGUUCUGUGUUGUACUGUCAAAAAUGUUUGGAAAUAUACCAUCCUAAGAGAGGACAGUUGCAGCAUCAUAAACUAUGUAGACCUUCCAACAGAUCAGCAGACGUCAAACCAGUAUUUUGUAAAGACCAUAACACUGAAACAGCCACAAUAUUUUGUGAUAUAUGUAAAGUUCUAGUCUGUCAUUUAUGUGUUUGUGAAGGGGUAGGAAAACAUUCUGGUCACAAAAUAAUGCCACUGGAUGCUGCUUGGAAAACAAUUAAGGUAAGGAACAUUGCAACUGACUUCUGGAAAAAAGUCAAAUGA